CCUCACUGUCCUCAGUUCGUCCUAAACCUCAACGAGAAAGAAAAUUACUGAGGUAAAAGGAAGGCCCCCAAAUCCCCAGUCUCCACCACCUCAUCUCCCAUAUCCUCAAAUUUGACUCCGAAGCACCGCAACUCCGCGAGGUUUCUUAGAAUUUCACCAGCUUGCAAAACCCCAUCGAAUGGUUGAGCAAAUCGCUUGAAGCGCGCAUGGGGAGGAAGAAAUCGCGGCCGGUUCGAGCGCUGGGCGCCGGUGCUGCGGCCGAAGCCGACCCCGACGCGCCGAGCACCACUGUAUCGAAGGGCGAGGCGAGGAGGGACGUGCGCGUGGAGGUGGACAAGGCCACGUGGGGUCUCGCCGACAGCGACCACCGCGACAUCGCCGAGGUGGUCCUACGCGACGUGAGUGUCUCCGGCGAGGGACAGGAGUCGUUGGAGGAGGCAUUCGGGGCGUCAGGGUUCUCGUUGCGCCUGUGGGUGCGCGACGCGCCAGGGGAGGGAUUCAGAAUGGGCCACUGGCCUGUGAUGCCCUCGGAUUGCGUGGUCCUGGAGUGUGUCGUCCAUAGGGAUCGUGAAGGGGAGCAUGGAGGUGGUGUUGUGGUCCUCUCAGGGUGUUUCGAUGGCCCUGAUGAAGGUGUGUCCGGCCUCGCCCAUUUGGUGAGCCUGAGAUUCGUGACUCUCCGGGUUCAAUCGUUUGGGGCACUGCGGUAUAUGGGUGAGUCAUUUAGGGUUAGAGUGGAGGUGAUGGAGCGGGCGUUCGGCGCGUGCAAGUCGCUGCUGGAGGUGGCAAGGCAUCCUUGGAGGAAGAGCUUGAUGAAUAUGAUGGCUUGGCUGCGUCCUGAGGUCACGAUGUCGGCUGCGAUAUAUGGAAUGGAUGGUCUUAUUCUGCCGGUGGAUGCUGGUGGUGCUGCUGAUUGCGCACCCAAGAGUGAUUCACAGUUUGAUCUUGCUGCUUUCUAUGAGGCCAUUAAGCCUUCUACUAACGCGGGAAAGUUGGAAGGGGAGCUUCCUGAUUUACUUCCUCACCUCAGACCAUAUCAACUUCGUGCAGCAAACUGGAUGGUUCAACGUGAAAAGGAAAAUACACCCUGUCAAGAAUAUGUUCAUUCUGCGCCAUAUUGUGUUCCAAUAGAUUAUAUUCACAAGAAUUCCAGGAUGUUCUACAAUCCUUUCAAUGGGAAUAUUUCAUUGCAACCAGAGCCUUCUCCUCCUUAUACCUCUGGCGGAAUUUUGGCUGAUGAAAUGGGCUUGGGGAAAACAGUUGAGCUAUUAGCUUGCAUUUUUGCCCAUCGUAAACCACUUUCGGCAGAAUUUUCUAUCUCCCAGAACAAAACAGAAAUAGAUCAAAUAAAGAGGCAUAAAGUAGAAAGGGUUGAGUGCAUAUGUGGAGCUGCAAGUGAAAGUUCUGCAUAUAAGGGUCUAUGGGUCCAAUGCGACAUUUGUGAUGCUUGGCAACAUGCCAAUUGUGUUGGUUACUCACCCAAGGAAGAUAUACUUUUUGAUGAUAGUGCUGAAGGUGAAACGUUAAAAAAUGAAAAAAGUGCCAUGAAGUCAGGGAUCAAAAGGAAAAAGAAACUCAAGUGUUCCAUUGUAGAGACGGAAGAAAAAUACAUUUGUGCACUGUGCUUGGAGCUUACUGAAGCAGCUCAAACUAAUAUAUUCAGCCAUGCUACAUUGAUAGUAUGCCCAGCACCAAUAUUGGCACAGUGGCACUCUGAGAUAAUCCGACACACGAGGCCAGGAUCUCUGAAAGUUUGCAUUUAUGAAGGUGCAAGGAACUUGGUCUCAGCUACUACCUGUAAAAUUGAUAUGACUGAGAUAAGUACUGCUGAUGUUGUUUUGACAACUUAUGAUGUCUUGAAAGAAGAUCUAUCACAUGAUUCCGAUCGGCAUGAUGGUGAUCGCCGUUUCUUAAGAUUUCAAAAGAGAUACCCAGUCAUUCCAACUGUCCUGACAAGGAUCCACUGGUGGCGGCUUUGUUUGGAUGAAGCUCAGAUGGUAGAGUCCAGCAAGACUUCUGUGACUGAGAUGGCAAUGAGGCUAAAUGCUCAAUACCGUUGGUGUAUCACAGGAACUCCGAUACAACGCAGGCUUGAUGAUCUUUUUGGGCUUCUAUGUUUUCUUAGGACAAGUCCGUUUGACACAUAUAGAUGGUGGGUGGACAUUAUUAGAGACCCGUAUGAGAGGGGGGAUGCGGUAGCUAUGAAUUAUGCACACAAGUUCUUUAAGGAAAUCAUGUGGCGCUCCUCCAAAAUUCAUGUCUCAGAUGAGUUGCAGCUGCCUCAGCAAGAAGAGUGUUUUUCAUGGCUCAUCUUUUCUUCAAUUGAAGAAUAUUUCUAUAAGAAGCAGCAUGCAACUUGCAUGGACCACGCACAUCAGAUAAUUAGAAGUUUAAGAAAUGAUGCCAACAGAAGAGAAUCGACAUCAGAUUCAAGUGCUCUAUUAAAUGUGUACCUCUCGAAUAAUGACAUAGCCAAGCUCCUUGUUCCACUGCUGAAACUUCGGCAGGCUUGUUGCCACCCGCAAGUGGGGAGUUCUGGUCUCUGUUCCCUGCAGCAUAACCCUUUGUCGAUGAAUGAAAUUUUACAGGUUCUUAUUGGUAAAGCGAAAGUCGAAGGAGAGGAAGAGCUUAGGAAAAUUGUUGUUGCCCUGAAUGGUCUUGCAGGAGUAGCUGUCAUUGAACAAAGGAACCAAGAAGCUAUCUCUUUGUACAAAGAAGCACUAGCUUUAGCUCGUGAAAAUAUUUAUGAUUUCCGCGUUGACCCUCUGUUGAAUCUUCAUAUCAACUACAAUCUUGCGGAACUGCUUAGAACUAGUUCUGAAUAUUUACAAGAAUGUCCAUUAAAUAAUCAGCCAUCUGAACUUGACAGCAGACGAAAAAGAAAGGAAAUUGGUACUGCCGAGUCAGAUCUACAUAACAUAAAGCGAAAUAAAAUAUGUGUAAAUAGUGUUUCGAGUUUGGCAGCUAAUGGUUUAGAAACAUCUGAGGAAGAUGAAAAUGUUAUUGGACAAGCAUGCACAACAGAAGAGGUGGAUGCAGAGAAUUUUGCUGGAUGCCACUCAUCAUCUGAUUGUUUCUCUGAUGACUGCUUGAGGAAGACUUGCAAUGCAAUCACAGAAAAGUACUUGUCAGUUUUUACUGCAAGGCUAGUAGUAGCACAGAAGGAUUUUAGUGCAACAUUCACUGAGGUCUUGGAUCUCACUAGAGAGCUACAGAAUCAACAUAUGACUUGGUGGCUGCAUGCUUUGGACUGUGCAGAACAGAGUAACGGUUCUGCCGACGAACUCAUCAGGAAGAUUGAUAGUUCUUCCACUAAGAGCACCACUGGAUUGGGUUCAAGGGGAGUAUCUUCCAGGGUUAAAACUAUUGCUGGCUUAAAAUAUGCAAUUCAAUCUGAUAUUGAUUCUCUACAAAGUUCAAGGCAGCAGCUGAUGGAUAAACUUUUGGAAGUUGACAAAACAAUGGAUAACCCAAGGGAUGAAGAUAUUGAGGGUCAGAGAUAUUGUCCAAACUGCUAUGAUGGUACUGGUUCUUUAUGUAUCCAAUGUGAACUAGAUGAACUCUUUCAGAGGUAUGAAGCACGGCUGUUUCUUGUUAAGAAAUCGAACAAUGAUUCUAUUAUUGACUCAGUAGAAGAAGCACAGGACCUACAGAGGCGAAAAUACGAGUUGAAUCAUUUCUUCCGUAAUAACAGAACCAAUGAGGGAUCUGAACCUGGCGACAAGAAUAAUAAUCCUAGGUCAGCUCGAGAAAACAUACAGGUCUACAGGCAUCCUUCUCGAACUGAGACUGCAUUGAGGGUUAUCCGAAAUCACUCAAAGACAGUAUUGGAAAGACAAUAUGCUGUAAUUGCUAAAAAGCAUUUACUUCUUUUUGAGGCUAUGCGCAAGGAGUUUUCUCAAGCAAGAUUUUUGUCAAUUGCUCAAACCCAAUUAUUGCGUGCUCAUGAUGAGAUCAAGAUGUCUAUCUCAAGACUGCAGCUCAAAGAGGAAGAUGACGAACCUAGCGCUGUCAAUAUUGUAACUAGAGAAGAGCUCAUACCAUACAGUGUCCAGUUUACUAGUGAAAAAUUCGUGUCUCUGUCAUCUUUAGCUCGUAUUAGAGGUCAACUCCGGUACUUAAAGGGAUUGGUGCAAUGUACCAAGAAAAUACCGUACAAACAUGGUGAAUCAUUGCCUAAGGCAGGCAACGCUGUCGACACAGAUACUUCAUGUCCUGUCACAGGGCAUUCUGAUAUUAGCAAUGAACCAUGCCCUAUAUGUCAUGAGAAGUUUUUUGACCAGAAAAUGGUUUUCCAGUGUGGUCAUUUCGUAUGCUGCAAGUGCUGUCUUUCCAUGACAGAACAAGCUGCGACACAAUUUGGGAAGCGUAAAAAAUGGAUUAUGUGUCCUACAUGCCGUCAACGUACAGAUCUUGAGAAUGUUGCUUUUGUAGUUGAGAAACAUAAUGACAAAGCUUAUACAAGUGCUGAAGAUUUGGGAGAAAGCAGUAUUUCUGUCCAAGGGUCAUAUGGAACGAAGAUUGAAGCUGUCACAAGAAGAAUCUUGAGAAUCACUUCAACUGAUGGAACAGCUAAAGUUCUUGUUUUCUCAAGUUGGAAUGAUGUACUUGAUGUAUUAGAGCACUCCCUUGCUGCUAACAACAUUUCUUAUGUACGGAUGAAAGGAGGAAGAAAAUCACAGGCGGCACUGUCCCAAUUCAAAGGUCAGGCGAGCAGUAUAAAUGGAGAGGAAGUGAAAAGGACAGUCUCCAAAAUGCAGCCUGUUCAAGUACUGCUGAUGCUUAUACAGCAUGGAGCAAAUGGUCUCAAUCUACUGGAGGCACAACAUGUUAUUCUAGUGGAGCCAUUACUAAAUCCUGCGGCCGAAGCACAAGCUAUCAGCAGGAUUCAUAGAGUUGGGCAAGACAAGAGCACAUUUGUUCACCGUUUUAUAGUGAAGAAAACAAUAGAAGAGAGUAUCUACAAAUUGAACGGGAGCAGAGCUGUCUGCUCUACGAUAAACCGUAAAUCCAAGAACUUCAAAGACGAGCCUGUUUUGACGCUGAAGGAUGUCGAGAUGCUAUUUCCGAUGGUAGUGCCUGAUCAUUCCCUGCAACAAGCGAAUCAAGAUCAUGAUGAUAGUUUGAGGAGUUUGCCUCCAUCUGUUGCAGCUGGGUUAGCUGCUGAAAAGGCGAUCAAUGGAGCAACAUGACAACCAGCAAUAAGUUGCAUAUGACUUCUCUUCCGCAAUUAAGGUUUCAGAAGGUGAAUCAAAGAGCUUCGAGCCGUCAUUGUGGCAGUUGUAAUAACUUUAUUGGAUUACUAAUUCUCCUUCCCAGUUCUAAAUUAUCUUAGCAUAUAGAAGAAGGCAGCAACUGGAAGGAUAUACUUCGGUCAUGAAGCUCCUGCAUCUUGAGAAUCUGACUUUUAGAAUGGUCUAGGGCAUCCACUGUGGAACCAGUGAGGUUGUAACUUAUUUUAGGAUUGUUAACGUGAAACACGAAGCUGGAUACUGUACAGAAGAAAUACAAGUGUAUUUAACCAUAUCAUUUUUCCUGGAGUUUGAAUGCAAGUGCCAUGUCAACUUA